CGUGCAGAUAUAUUGUGCAGGAUCUCAUGGAGACAGACCUGUACAAGCUCCUGAAGACUCAACACCUGAGCAACGACCACAUCUGCUACUUCCUCUACCAGAUCCUACGAGGGCUCAAGUACAUCCACUCUGCCAACGUGCUGCACCGCGACCUGAAGCCCUCCAACCUUCUGCUCAACACCACCUGUGAUCUCAAGAUCUGUGAUUUUGGUUUGGCUCGUGUGGCUGAUCCUGACCACGAUCACACCGGUUUCCUAACAGAGUACGUCGCCACUCGUUGGUACCGAGCACCCGAGAUUAUGCUCAACUCCAAGGGCUACACCAAGUCCAUAGACAUUUGGUCGGUGGGUUGCAUCCUCGCUGAGAUGUUGUCCAACAGGCCAAUCUUUCCCGGGAAGCACUACUUGGAUCAACUUAACCACAUUUUGG